CCGAGUUCCCCGAGUCGCUUAAUCCGAGUGCUGAUUGAAGUGAUUUGCUAUAUGGAUCUUCCAGUCUGCCGUUGUUGAUUUACCACCUUCUCGUUCUCUCAUAUUACAGCGAAGUGUAGAUUCUAGUCAAUAACCAUGUCUGCCGAAACCACACAGCUUCGAGAAUCUCCUUCCAUUCAUCGUCUCGUGCUUCGUCUUCAAGAAAUCCUAUGCUCUUGUUCCAAAUCAAUUGAAGGUGGAGAUGGAAGCUCAGUGUCGGAGUUGGUCGACUUCCUCGAAACAGUCUCCGGUUCUGCUUUAGAAAACCCUGAAGACGAAGUUGCACAAAACAAUGCGUUAGAAAUCCUCUCCGAGAUCCAAACAUUUUUGCUUUCUGCUACUUUAGACCAGGAGGUUAUUGAUGCACUUUCCUUCGAGUUGCCGAAGGUGGCUUCAAAGUUUGCAGGCUUGUCAAGUAGAUGCUUGGAGAUUGCUGAUGGAAUUAUUGAUCAUUUUAUAGCGAAAUGUAGUCCGCGAGAUAUGCUUUCAAUUCUUUGCGGGGCUUUGAGUGCCACAGAUAGGCCGAUUUAUUCAUCUGGCUAUGUUGCUUCUAUUCUAAGAGGACUCUCAAAAGUAUUCAUUUCCCUACAAAGGCGUCACUUUGAGCAAAUGAAAGUAGCAAUACCCAUUAUCCUAAAUGUAUUAAAGGCUGCAUGUUCAGAGCUGGGUGAUGAAGACACAGAAGACCUGAAUUUGUUUCACAGAGCUAUAGGCAUUGCUGAUUCCAUACGGGCAGUUUGUGCAAAAUUUGAAGGCAGAAUAAAUGAAAAGUUCCACGCUCUGCUUGGUUUAUAUGUUUUACAAGUCAUGGCUCUUGUUUCAUUCAGUGCAGGACAUAAGGUUUCAAACUGUCUUCCCCUGGUUUCACAGCUUUCCAACUUUCUCCCAUACUGUGAUCUAUCAUAUCUUGGCUUAAUAACUGGAUCUGAUGUUGAUGCAGCGACUAAUAUUAUUAUUGAAGAGGUGGAAGAUGAUUUUAUGAGUUGUUUAUCCUACGUCAAACACGGUGCAUCUCUUUCAGUGAUCUGGGGUUAUAUAUAUGAUGAUGUUGCUCAAGCUGCUGGAGGGGAUAUGUCUUUUGUCAGGGGUGAACUUCAAAGUAACCAAACUAACAGGUGGCAAGCAGUAGGCAUGUUAAAGCAUAUACUUGCCUCCACUGAUGUGCUAUGGGAACUGAAGAAACAUGCCAUUAACUUCCUGCUUUGCAUUACAAAUGGAAAUGGAACUAGGAAUGAUGGGCUCACUGACUGCUCUAUUUUUUUGCCUAGCCUCUGUGCUGCUUCACAGGCCAUUACAAAGGUCAUCAUUUAUGCACCAAAUACUGAGUUAAGGAAGAAUGCCUAUGAGGCAUUGAAGAGGGUACUUGCUGAUACGCCAACUUCCGAGAGGUUUGAUAUUUUGACAGCUUUGCUUACAACUAGUGAUUCUUCCUCUAUGAUUGCAAUUCUUUUAGAUCUUGUUAGAGGUGAGCUGCACAUGGAAAGUUUGCAGAGAGUGUCCAUAAAGAAAGAUGAAGCCCAGCAAACCAAAAACCAAGGGAGUUCAAUGACAUCAAUAUGGACUACUGAGGUGCUCAAAUUGGUGGACAUAGUUUUGAGGCCUCCAGAGGGAGGACCUCCAUCUUUUCCUGAGCAUGGAGAUGCGGUUCUAGCCGCACUCAACCUGUAUAGAUUUAUAUUGAUAACAGAAUCAGCAGGAAAAACCAAUUUUACUGAAGUUCUGUCAAAGAAAAAUUUACAGAAGGCAUACAAUGAGUGGCUUCUGCCCCUUCGAACCGUGGUGACUGGAAUUAUGACAGAGAACAAGAAUGAUUAUGACCAACUUGCUAUUGACACAGUAUGUGCUCUUAACCCAGUAGAAUUAGUACUAUAUCGCUGCAUUGAGCUUGUUGAAGAAAAGCUUAAACAUUCUUCAUAAAUUGUGACCUUUACUUCUGAUAUAUCUCAUAUGCUUAACUUAGGGGUAUAAUUGCCAAUCGGAUUGUAGAAUGAUGGUUAAAUAAAUACUUGCCAAUUUAUUUAUUUUUUUGUUUUCA